UUGGGGCGAUUUCUUGAGCGAUUUUUCUUGAGCGAUUUCUUUCCCACUUUCUCUCGCAGGUGGAGGAAGAGGAGGAGGAGGAGGAGGAGCAAAAAUCCACUUCAGGUAAAUCUCUCUCUCUUUUUCUCUCCCUCUCUCACUUUUUCUCUCACUGGUGGAGGAAGGUGGAAGAGGAGCAGAAAUCCACCUGGAAACUCCACUUAUAUGAUCCACUUAGCAAUGAUAAAGCGAUCUAGUCCACUUGAGUUCGGGAAUUCUCUCUCUCUCUUUCUCUUUUUCUCUCACUGGUGGAGGAAGGUGGAGCAGGAGGAGGAGGUGGAAGAGGAGCAGGAGGAGCGGGAGGAAGAAGAAGGGGAAGAAGAGGAAGGAGAAGGGGGAAGAGGAGGAGGAGGAGGAGGAGAGAUGCCUAUGCCUUCAGAAGACUACUGGGAAGCCAUGUCCCAGAGCCUGAUCCCCCAACUGUCUGAGGAGCUGAAGCGCGGGUACCAGCUGUGGACUGAGGCAUGUCAAGCGGAGUCCCAGUGCCUUGCCCGCCUCCAGGAGCUGCACAAGAAGGCACACAGCAUGAAUAUCACAUUCCGCAGCAAGCUGAACACCCUGCAUGCCACAGUCCUCAGCCUGGUCUCCUCCGUCAAGAAGUAACAGCCGGUGACACACUCAACACUUUCGGGAACACUUUGGAUGGUUAAUCAGUCUUCUCUCUCGAGUAGGUAAAAUAGAUAACUGGGAAAGUAGGAUUGUUUUUCAGUUACCUCUAGCAAGCAAAGGUUAACAUAGAAGGUUCAGAAAGCAGCUACAAUGCAGUCCUGGAAAUACUAUGAUCUUGUCUCCUAAUGUUGGAAAUAAGGUUCAGAAAGCCAUUGAAAUAUAGAAUCAUGGAAAUACUAAUGUUGUUCCCCUUUGCAAAUGUUUAGAUUCUGAAUGCUGAUAAUAUAUAGUCCUGGAAAUACUUGAUCCUCUUCCCUUCUACAAAUGUUAGUAGUAAGGAUCAGUUGGCAGGAUUUACUGAAUUUACUUUUGGUUGUAAGCUCGGAAAAAAAGUGAUUUGUAAGACGCCGUAACUUUGAGGAAAAAAUAUAUCCAUGACUUUAAUUUAAUGUCAUUUUAUUUGUUUGUAUGUUAAUUAGUCUGCCUGUUUUGUGUUUCCUCCCUCCCUCCAUCCUUUCUCUUCCUCCCUUCUCUCUCCCUUUGUUCUUUCUCUUCUUUCCUCGCCUCUUUGUCCAUUCCUUCCUUUCUCUUCCUCCUCUCAUUCCUCCCUUCCCUCUCCCUUUGUCCUUUCUCUCCUGUUUUUUUUCCUUUCUUUUCUUUCCUCCCCCUUUUUGUCUGUUCUUUCUUCCAUUCCUUCCUUUCUCUUCCUCCCUUUUCUCUCUCUCUUUCUCUGUUUCUCUACAUUUCUCUGUCUCUCUCUCCCUCCCUCUCCUUUCUCUCUAAUACACACACACACACACAGACUCAGCAAAGGUCAGCAGAGAAACACAGACUCCACAAUGCACUACAGACAUAAGGUAGUAAAUUUAAUGGCGCACAAAACAGCUGCACUAUAAAAAAACGUCCAGAUCGCAACGAAUACAUUGGCACAGGUUUUGUUUACUUCUAUAAAACCUGUGUAGAGAAACUAUAUUAUGACUGAAAAUAAUAGUAAUGAUAAUACUGGUACAUACAUUGAAUUGAGGAUAGGAAGUAUAUAGGAAAGGUGAUAUAUACUUAGAGAAAUAAUAAUGAUAAUAAUAAUAGAUAGAAAAUGUAUACUUUGAAAAUUAUAAAAAGAAAGGCAGAUCUGACAUUGUAGAAAGUAUUAGAUUUAACUUUGGGGAUAUGAAGUGUAUAUAGGAAAGGCAAUAUAUACUUAGAGAAAUAAUAAUGAUAAUAAUAAUAGAUAGAAAAUGUAUACUUAGAAAAUUAUAAAAAGAAAGGCAGAUCUGACAUUGUAGAAAUUAUUAGAUUUAACUUGAGGAUAUGAAGUGUAUAUAGGAAAGGCGAUAUAUACUUAGAGAAAUAAUAAUGAUAAUAAUAAUAAGAUAGAAAAUAGGAAAAAAAAAAAAAAAGCAGAUCUGACAUUGUAGAAAUUAUUAGAUUUAACUUUGGGGAUGUGAAGUGUAUAUAGGAAAGGUGAUAUAUACUUAGAGAAAAAUAAUAAUGAUAAUAAUAAUAAGAUAGAAAAUAGAAAAAAAAAAAAGGCAGAUCUGACAUUGAAGAAAUUAUUGUAUAUAUAUUUUAAAUAGUAUAUAAUUAUAAAAAGAAAUAAAUUGAAGGAAUGGACAUAAAAGUAUACAAGGAAGAGCUUAUACUUCAAUAAUAAUAAUAAUAAUAAUAAUAAUAAUAAUAAUAAUAAUAAUAAUAAUAAUAAUAAUAAUAACAGUAAUAAGAUUCUACAGGUACAUUAUAUUCAAGUACAAAAAUCACACAAAAUUGUCAACUUAAAACCUAAAGAAAAAUUAUGAAAAAAAAAAAAUCUUGAAUUCUCUCUGUAAAAAAACUACAAAUCUAUUUUUUCUUAUUUAUUUAUUUUUAUUAUGAAUGAGACAAAACUACAAGGAAGAUUAGGAACCACACUGAGGAGGAGGAAGAAGAAGAAGAGGAGAAGGAAUAGGAAGAAAUGGAUAAAAGUAUAUAGAGAAGAAGAAGAAGAAGAAGAGGAGGAGGAGGAGGAGGAAGUAAAGAGGUAAGAAGGAGGAGUGGAAGAAGAACGAACUGACAGUAUGAAAGAGAGAAGAAGGGAAGGAAUGAGAUGAACAGAAGAAGAGGAGGAGGAGAGAGAAAGAAGGAGAUAAAUGGAGGAAGAAGAGGAGGAGGAGGAGGAGAAGAGAUAAAGGAGAAAUAAAUAAAAGGAAGAAGAAGAAGAGAAAGGAGAGAGAA